GCCAUUCUGUCUUUUACUAGGGCUGUAUCUUCAUAGUCUUCUAAAACCAUGUGCUUUACCCAAAAUAAUCAUUUUAACUUGUGGAAGGAAAAUUAAAGCUAAUAUGUUACUUCUGGACUGUUAAUACCAGAACACUGGGAAUCUGUUUAUUACCACAACAAAGAUAAAUGAUAUGUCUAGAAAAGAUUUUUGAUAAUGGGUACGGUAAUGCCUUUCAGCACUUUCCGAAAUUAAAGGCCUGCCCUGAAAGCAUUAGCAUUGAAAUAGAAGAAAGAAAGGACCAAGAUACAUGAAUGCCCUCCUCUCAACUGCAAGAAAACCAAUCACAUGGGAUAAACAUACGUGACCCUAACAUAUGAUGCCUGCUCAGUUCAGAGGAAGCUGGUUUUAGAAGGUUCAUUCCACAACAUGAAACCUGAAAAAAUGGGAUUUAUACAUCUCUCCAGCCAGAACUGAAAACGAAUGGGGAUUGUAUUGCUUUUCCUGUUCUUUCUAUUUCUGCAAAGAAAUAACAAUGUACAAGGAAAUUGUUCUCCAGGGAGUGCAGUGACUUGUGAAGAUUGUUUGUUUUCUGGACCACAGUGUGCUUGGUGUUCUCAAGAGAAUUAUACAGACUCAUCUGGAAUUCACGGAAGGUGUGAUACUCCAGAAAAUCUUUUGGCAAAAGGAUGUCAGUUGAACUUUAUUGAAUUUCCCAUUUCUAAAGUAGAAAUUCACAAAAAUAACCCCCUUAGCAUAGGAAUCCAGAAGAAUAACUCUGAUGUCACACAGAUUUCCCCUCAAAAGUUAACUUUUAGACUGCGACCAGGAAAUGAAGAAACAAUAGAGAUUAAAGUUCGCCAGACUGAAGAUUAUCCAGUUGAUCUCUAUUACCUCAUGGACCUUUCCGCUUCCAUGGAUGAUGAUCUGAAUACAAUAAAGGAAUUAGGCUCAACUCUUUCCAAAGAAAUGUCAAAACUAACAAGCAAUUUUAGACUAGGCUUUGGGUCUUUUGUUGAAAAACCAGUUUCACCAUUCAUCAAAACCACAGCUGAAGAAAUAAACAACCCUUGCAGAAGUGUUCCACUUGAUUGCUUACCCACCUUUGGAUACAAACAUGUUUUGCCAUUAACAAAUGACGCUGAAAAAUUCAAUGAAAUUGUGAAAGAACAGAAAAUCUCAGCUAAUAUAGAUACUCCAGAGGGAGGAUUUGAUGCAAUUAUGCAGGCAGCUGUUUGCAAGGAAAAGAUUGGGUGGAGAAAUGACUCUCUACAUCUGCUGGUGUUUGUGAGUGAUGCUGAUUCCCAUUUUGGGAUGGACAGUAAACUGGCAGGGAUUGUUAUUCCAAAUGAUGGGCAUUGUCACUUGGACCACAAUAAUGAAUAUUCCAUGUCAACAGUUUUGGAGUAUCCAACAAUUGGCCAACUAACAGACAAGCUUGUGCAAAACAACGUUUUACUAAUUUUUGCUGUAACAAAGGAACAAGUUUACUUAUAUGAGAAUUAUGCCAAACUUAUUCCUGGAGCUACUGUUGGACAACUUCAGAAAGAUUCUGGAAAUAUUCUCCAAUUGAUCAUUGGUGCAUAUAAGGAGCUACGAUCUGAAGUGGAGCUGGAGGUGUUAGGAGACACAGAAGGACUCAAUCUCUCUUUCACGGCAAUCUGUAACAAUGGUACCAUUUUUCCACACCAGAGGAAAUGUUCCCAUAUAAAAGUGGGAGAGACAGUCUCUUUCAACAUGACAGUAAGCCUACCUACCUGUGAGAAAAGGUGGAGGCAGAUUGUAAUAAAGCCUGUGGGCCUGAGUGAUGCCCUGGAAAUUGAUAUCCAGCUGGAAUGCAGCUGUAACUGUCAGAAGGAGGCUGAGAUGAACAGCUCCAAAUGCAGCAAAGGAAAGGGCUCUUUUGAGUGCGGUGUGUGUGCCUGCAACCCUGGCUACAUGGGUCCUUACUGUGAAUGUAAUGAAAACUCCCUGAGCACAAAUUCCUGUAAAAGGUCUCCAGAGCAGAGCUCCUGUAGCGGGAGAGGCGACUGUUACUGCGGGCAGUGUAUUUGCCAUUUCUCAGUGUAUGGAAAUAUUUAUGGGCCAUACUGUGAAUGUGACAAUUUUUCUUGCGUGAGAUUUAAAGGAUUGCAAUGUGGAGGUAAUGGUGAUUGUGACUGUGGUGAAUGUGUAUGCCACAGCGGAUGGACUGGUGAAUAUUGUAACUGCACAACUGACAUUAACUCCUGUGUUUCUGAGGAUGGAAUACUGUGCAGUGGAAGAGGUGAAUGCAUUUGUGGAACAUGUGUUUGCACAAAUCCUGGGGCUUCUGGUAGCACAUGUGAAAGAUGCCCUACAUGUGGGGAUCCUUGUAGUUCCAAACGGAGCUGCAUAGAAUGUCAUUUGGCUUCUGAUGUCCAGUCAGAGGCAGAAUGCAAUGAAAAAUGUAGAUUAGUUGAUGCAACUGUCAACAGUGCAGAAGAUUUCUCAAAGGAUAAAUCUAUUCCCUGCUCUUUACAAGGGGAAAAUGAAUGUGUUACUACAUUUCUAAUGGCUACAGAUGAACAGGGAAGGACAAUCAUUCAUAGCAUAAAGCAGAAAGAUUGCCCACAACCUCCAAACAUUCCAAUGAUAAUGUUGGGUGUUUCUCUUGCUAUCCUUCUGAUUGGCAUUUUUCUACUUUGUAUAUGGAAAUUGCUAGUUUCUUUUCAAGACCGAAAAGAGAUUGCCAAGUUUGAAGCAGAAAGAUCAAAGGCCAAAUGGCAAACGGGAACAAAUCCCCUGUACCGAGGCUCAACAACUACAUUUAAAAAUGUAACUUACAAGCACCAAGAAAAGCAAAAAGUGGACAUUACUGCAGAUUUCUAUUAGCACUUCAGACACUGAAAAAUUAGUUUUACUGACAAGAAAUAUAAAAGCACUAUUUCGUUUUUAUUUCUUUAUAACUGAUUACAUGGAUGUUUGUUAGCACAUCUUAGUGAUAUAAUUCAGCUAGAGCAAAUAUAUUUUGUGUGUAUUGAAGGUACUGUAGAUAAUUUUUAGUCAUACAGCAGUUAACAGGAACAUUACAGAGAAACACAUUUAAUAGUCAGAACCACAAAUUAGUCUUAAAGAAAAAAGCACUGAAGAGUUCUGUGGAAUUUGCACCACAAAUAGAAAAAAAUUCACCAUCAAUAAGCACAUUUGGUGAGUCUACCUUAUAUUUGCUAUUUAUGGUGAAUUUUACUUUACGUUGGUCACACUACAAUGCCACACAUAUGGUGCAUUCCCAAACACAAUCAGUCUACGCUGUUGGCUUACAUAAAAUAAAAGAUAGGAAUUUAUGGAUGACAAGACUAAUACGAGCAGGGCUAGGGGGUCCUGAUGCCAAACUAUGGGCCUGGAUAGUGAUUUAAUCAGAAACACCCGAAUGUAUAGCCUAGCUUACAGGGAUCCAAAGCUUACAUAAAUAUCUCCUCAACCUCUUUGCCUUUCCCUCUUCCUUUGCCUGUCUCCUUCCCUGCCCCUGACUCUUCUCCCUUUGGUGUUCUACCCCUUUCUUUAAGGACCGAUUCUAAGGCACUGCCAACAGUGAAUCCUGUUUAAACACAGCCAGAUCACUUCCUCCUCUUUCCUCUGAGUUCUAGUGGAGAGGUUCUUGUACAAAAAAUAAAUGUUUGUCAUAGUUCAGAAAACUCAAUAGAGCAGCUUUAAACCUGAAGAGGACCCUGAGGGUUCUGAAAAUCUACCUCCUGUGCAGAGAUCUCACACAAGGCCUAUACACCACUUAAUCCUAAUUAGGUUUCAAGACAUGCCUAGGAGCUGCAUAGGCUAUUGUGCAAGCCCUUUGCAUAGAAGAGAAUUUCAUACAUGAGGCACAUUUGUAAUUAUCAUACCUAUAAUAGCAUUGUUUUAUGGAUACCACACACACAAAUGAUGAGAUUUUUAGGUGUCCAUAGCAGCAGCGUAUUCUAACCUGCCAGUCCAUUUAUUCUAGUAAAGAAAAUAUAUUUGGCCCUUUUUGGCAGAUUUUCAAAAUAAGCAGUUAGUAAUUACUAAUUCCACUUGCUAUUCAUGGCAGUGAAUAAAAACUCAGUUUUUAACUAGAGUUGCUAACUACUUGCCAUAGACCCUUAGUCAAAAAUGCUGAUGGCAUGCACAGUACUGAAAAAAAACAGCUGAUGUGAUAACAUGUUAAUGACACUAUCAAGAUUUUUUUUUUUGAGAGAGAGAGAGAGAAAAAAAUACUGUAUUGACCUAGAUAUUAGUUUCUUCGGAAAUGUUUUAACCUUCUGGAAUCCAUGGUAAAAAGAUUCAGAGUGCAGACUAUUUUUACGACAGAUACAUAUGCCAUCUGAAAAUAUUUUUAAAAAAACAACAUGUUAACCUAUUGCCAGACUACCAAAAACUAUAUUUUUCUCUUCAUUAAACCAAAAUUUUGAUCUAAAAAUCCUUGUAGGUGGCCAUUUUGAAAUAAAUAUUUAUUCCAACAGCAUGUGCAACUUCAAGCUUUUAUGUCCGUACAUUGCAAAUACAGGAUGUGGUGUGAAUUGAUUUAGCACGUAGCACUGAAUCAUACCUGUUUUUCUGGGCCUGAUCCAAAGUCUACUGAAGUCAAUUGGUAAGGAUGGAUGAGCCCUUAAUGUCUGGAGAGACAUAAAAACAGAUGUCCAUUGCUCUGCGGUUGUCACCUCUCUCUAUUUGAAUUGCAGAAUAUCUUUUAAACAGCUUGAAAUCAGUUCAAGUUGUUCUACCUCAGUAACCAGACUUCAGACUAAAUUCCAACACAUCAGAAUGAUGUAUAUAUUGCUCUGAACUUACAGCACAUAUAUUUUAUUUUAUUUGUUAAAAUCUCAACUCUUUCCCCAUCUUUCCCCAUAAUUGCAGUGUGAAAGGCUUACUGUAAAUCUAAUCACUGGAACUGGAAUAAGUUAAUUAGGCACCUGUACUUUUCACUAUUCUUUCACAACUCAUAGUGGAAGCUACGCGUAUGCAGAGGGCCCAGGUCUGCAGUCCUUCCAUUCACUUAACUCAUACUGAAGUCAGUGAAAGUUACAUAUAGCAUGAAAUCCUGCUUCCUUAACCACAUGAAUAGUCCCAUUGAGCAAAAUCAUGGCUCCAUUGAAGUUAAUGGGAGUUUUGCCAUUGACUUCAAUGGGGCCAGGAUUUACCCACUGACUUCAGUAGGAUUAUUGCACAAGUAAGGAUAGCAGAAUUUGGACCAUGGAAAGAAUGUAAAGGUAAAAUAGAUAUUACUUCUGUGUUUGGUUUUAAAGUAAAAGUAUCAAAUGGGAAUCAUUUUUAAAAGAUUAAAAAGCAUCUUCCAUUUGGUAUCUCUAAAGUAACCAAAUGCCUAUUAUUUUAUUAAACACCUUUUAAGUUGUAUUUCAGAAUGGCUGACUCAAUGGAUCAGUAAUAGCAAGAAGAGCCUUUCAUCUUUAGGUCACCAGUUUAUAUAUAGAACAGCUCUGUAGUGUUUGAAUGUUGUUACCCUCUGAACACUAUUCAGUGUCUCCUAAUGCACAGACUGAACUACAGAACUCAUUCAUCCCCUGGCAGGGAGCCCUGGCAGGCCAGAGGCACAUUGGCAAGGCAGUGUGGUGAAGAAGGCUGCUUGUGCUGUACCAUUUCUGUGCAUCAGGGCUCUCGGUCGAGCACUUUUUGCCAGAAUGAAAAUCAAUCAACUACUUUUUAUAGUGAGAAUUCAUCAGAACAUAGAAAAUAGCCAGUUUCAUGGAUUAUUUACUGUUAUAAUUAAUCAUGUUUAUUACAAUAGUGCCUAGAGAUCAACCAAGAAUGGGCCCCAUUGUGCAAGUCACUAUACGAAAGUCGCUGCCCUGAAGAGCUUACAUUCUAUAGGAGACCUCUCAAAUACAGAUCAUGCUGAAAGCUAUUUUUAAUUAAAAUAUGUGCUGCAAGCUUCCCAGAGGUCAUACAGCAUAUUAUAAGAUGUUGAUCAGAGACCAGUGGCAUUUUCCCCAACUCCAGGAGUGGGGUUUAUCCUUUUAGUUGGAUGGUAAUAUUUGUUAUCUUGUAGAUACUUUUAGCAAACUUUUACAACCCUUUUUUCCUUUUUCAAACUCUGAGUGUGGUGGGGGAGGAGGGGGGUGGCAGAGAGGAUGGAAAAGUCUUUUUUUUGCUGUUGUCAUGGAUGAUGUUUUGACCUAAGGCUGGACCUGGAAAAAGGGCAAAACAUUAUUAAUAGAUGUACUUCUGUUCACUGAAGAGUUAAACUAAGUAAAUAAAAGAAUGUUCAUAACAUUUUUUUUGUAUUUGUGUAUCUGACAUACAUUAAAAAUGUAAUUUAAGUAA